GUCCCCAGAUAAGCACCGAGCCCUGGAGGAGACAAAGGACUAUACGUCCCAGUCCCUGGCCAGUGUAGCCUAUCUGAUCAACACCUUGGCUAAUAAUGUCCUCCAAAUGCUUGAUAUCCAGGCGUCGCAGCUCCAACGCAUGGAGUCUUCCAUCAACCAUAUCUCUCAGACGGUGGACAUCCACAAGGAGAAGGUGGCAAGGAGAGAGAUUGGAAUCCUGACUACCAAUAAGAACACAUCUCGCACCCACAAAAUCGUUGCUCCAGCCAAUCCGGAGAGGCCAGUACGUUAUAUCCGUAAACCUAUAGAGUACAAUGUGCUGGAUGACAUCGGCCAUGGAGUCAAGGUCAACAGCCAGAAUAUGAAGAUGGGUGGAGGUCUCCCUCGAACCAACCCCCGACCCAGAAACCGCCCAGCCCCCAUGCCAGGGAUGGGAACCAUUGGGCGCCACUCCCCCUAUCGGACGCUGGAGCCCGUUCGUCCUCCUGUGGUCCCUAACGACUAUGUCCCCAGCCCCACACGCAGCAUGGCCCAGCAGGAGAGUCCUGUACUCACCACUACAGUUAACCAGCAGACACGCACCUACAG